AGUCCGGUUGAAUCUGUUGAUUAGGAUGCAGACAGCACAGCGUCAGUUUAUGAGGAGAUUGGUGUUGCUUUUUGUGUGUUUUUGUAAAAGUUGAUAACCUAUUAGGCUACAAAGCAGCGACGCUGUUUUUUUUCCUACUCGUAUUCCGAAAAACCCCGCUCGGCAGCUCGCGCUCCAAAAGAAGGCAGGUGAUUGGAAAGAUAGCCUUUUGGCGGGAUAAUUCUGGCCAAUCCUAGCCCAGAGUCUAUGCAGGAUGUACGAUCCAUCAGAAAACGGUUUGUUUGCAACGUCUAAUUAUGAUGAGAUAGAGGACGAGUCUUAUCCCCCUCUCCCACCGCCGCUGUCCCCUGGACAGGACAAUCUCGAUGACGAUCAUAUAGCCAAUGGAGAGGGUGAAGAGGGAGAGCUUUCCAAGCUCCCUGAUGUUCCUGUAGCUAAAAGGCGAACAGUAAAAAGACCUCAGCCUAAACUCGACUCCCGGAGGUUGCUGUCUGAUCGCGGACUUCCAGCCUUGCGGACAUUAUUCACUGACGUCAGAUUCAAAGGAAAAGGACAUGAGGCUGAGGAUUUAAAGGUUCUAAUGCAGAAAAUGGAGAACUGGGCACAUAGACUUUAUCCCAAACUACAGUUUGAGGACAUCAUCGACAAACUGGAGGUUUUAGGAGGCAAGAAAGAAGUACAGACGUGUCUGAAGCGAAUUCGACUGGACAUGCCCCUCACUCACGAGGAUUUUGUUGGAAAUGAUGGCGAUGAAGCAGAGGUCCGCUUGCAGGAAGAUCCAGACCCGUUUGUAGAUCAAAGCUUGUCUGAAGAUCCGUUUAUCCACUCCACUCCUGCUCCUGCAUCACUGUCUUUGACCGAGGAACAACAGCAGCGCAUCGAACGCAACAAACAGCUGGCUUUGGAAAGAAGACUGGCUCGACAAAAACAGCUAGAAUCCUGGCAGCCUGUGUUCCCGGAUGAACCUGCUCCAAGUCCCACAGCACAUCUCCUCAGCCAAGACGACCAGAAAGAACUGGAUCAAACUACAGGAAACCCAGAAACACCUUUAAAACAGGAUCCUGUGGAAUCUCAAAGCUCCCCUAACUAUAAUAAAUGUGACAGUCCAGUUCCAGAAAUAACAAACGACCCAGAUAUUGAGAGCGUUUGAUCAGUUUUACGUUUCCUGAAUACGCCAGAUUUUUUUGUGAUAGAUGGAAAAUGACUGCCAACUAAUUAUUCAGAGUGAAAAACUUUCAGUUGUAGUUGUUAGACUGAUACCUCAUCUGGUAAGUCAUCCAAAUGCUAAUAGACGGUUGUAUUGUUCUUGUCAUCCUCUGUGAGGAUCUAUAAUGAGAAAAAACUCAAUUUAUGCUUUCUUUACUUCCUUCAGCUUAAUAAAACCAUCAUUAAAAAUGCAGAAUUAUACAAUGAGAACCAGCUGCUGUUGUUGACCCUGAUUUUUAUAGUUGCUGUUAUUUUUUUCUGUUUAUUGCUUGACUAUUUGCCAAUAGUAAUAUUAACUUAUAAGCAAAGGAUAACCAUAUCAUUCACACAUGAAUGAGUAAACUGGGCUACCAAGGAAAACAAGGUCUGAACUGAUCUAAAAGUCAUACCUAGGCUUCAGGAGAUAAUAUAAUAAAGCAUUAUUUAAUACAUCACUUUAAAAAGGUAUUUGAUUAAAAGUUUGUAAUUUGCAUUACUCAUGUAUAAUUUUCUGUAUUUUAUUUUACUAUUUUCAAAAUAAAGUGUUCUUUCUGUA